AUGCCUUGCUUUACAGAAUCCCUCCGCCAACAGCGUCCGGUGUCAGCGGUGACAAAUUCGGCACCACGAGCCUCAUCCGUGGAUAGAGAUGGCAACCCAGCGAGCGCCCGAUCGGGAGGUCCAGGCCCAGCGAUACCACCACAGCGAAACAGCCGCGGAGGGUCGAGGUUCACAGACAACUUCGUGGAGUCGCUGCUGGCGCGCCUGCGCGCACAGGAUCUGGAGUUACUAGACAUGAGGGGAAAGCUGGUGGCGGGCAACCAAGAAAAGGAACAAGACGAGCGCCACGACAACAGUCCUAAGCGGCAGAAAACGGCACACGCAAGGGGAGAACGGGAGGCACCCCAGAGUGCACCCGACGAGGAUCCUACGUACCCUGAGAAUAACGAUACUUUCCCCUUCGCACAGUUCUCACCGUUCGUACACGAGGUGAUGCAGGCUCAGUUCCAGGCACGCUACGCGUGUCAUUUGCCGCUGAACGCACGCAUGGGCGGGUGGGCGCGGACGCUGUGUUGUGCCGACAUGGCGCUCCCUCAGAUGGACAAAGGGUGGCAGGAGAAGGUCGACACCGGCGUGGCAUAUAUCCGCGACGAGCUCCCCGACGCCGAGACGUCCUUCUGGCCGGACGACGCUCUGAUGGAACGCGCAAUGGCGCACUCGAUGGAGUUCACCGAGAAGGAGGACCUGUCGAAAUUGCAUCUCGUACUAGAGCUCGACAAGAAGAGGAGCGGGUAUUGCACGCACGCGAUGCAGAAGUUCCGCUCGGACGUCUGGCUGAUAGUGCGGGCGUUCUUCCGCAUCCUCAACGGACUGAAGUACACGAAGCCCCCCACCGCACGUAUUGCGCUAGCGGCGGCUCCAGAUGCGUUGGUAGUCACGCCAAAGACGGACGAGGAGUUCACAGAGAAAUAUGCCGCCACCUCCUUUUCCCACGACCUCAUGACGUGGCAAUGCGCCGAGGAAACCCCUGAGCUGCCCUUCUCUUCGGAGUCCUUUGACCGAGGGAUAUACGCGGCAUACAAGUCGAGUCCAAAGCCGCCGCAGGUCGUGAAGCUCUACUCUGUCGCGUUUUGGCUUUUCGGGACGGAGCAACCCCUGCUGAAGAAGACCGUGCUCAAGAAGAGCGGCCCCCAGAACGGCACCACCGUGGAGUGGUAUCAUCACCGCUUGAAGGCCUGGGCAAAGCAUGCCAUCAUCGAGCGCACGCCAGAGCACGGACCCUGGUGGAAAGCCAAACGCAAGGCGUGGGCGUUCAAGCGCCAUGCUCUCGUCCUCAUCUCAGACGACGGCCAAUUCCUCGCGCCGCUAAGGGAGGCCGAGAGCCGCGAUGAGUGA